AUGGAUCCAAAGGAAGAAAAUAAAUACGGCAAGGGAGAAGAAUCCAGCUCCAUCGAAGAACAAAAUCGAAUCAUGUCCUGUAGCAAAGACUUCGAACACUCUGAAGGUCAACUUAAUGAUGCAGAUAUCAUACCAGGUAAAAAUGAGUGGCAGAAUUCAGAUCCAAGAACAAACAAUUUUGUUAAAAAGGAAUCAAAUGAUUCAAAAAGAGAUAAUAGAACAGGGGCCCAGAGAAAUCAAAGUGAUUCAAAAAGCGACAAUUUAUCUAGUCAAGAGAGUGAUAAUUUGUCGCAAGAUCCACAAAACUUUGCAUUAAAAUUACAAACCUUAUUCUCCAAAAAGUAUGACUUGAUAAAGCAGAUGCUUCAUUAUAAGACUUCACUAGAGAUUGAUAAGCUUAUUGAAGAAGAUCCCUUUGUGUGCUGACUCUGAAUACUGAGAAGUGGAUUUACAGGACUAGAAGCAGGCUUUUUACACUCCAAAGACCCUAAAACUACUUAUGAAUCGUGGGAAGAUGCUUAUGAAGAAGAUACGAUCCAAAGAAUCAACUUAUUCAAAGAAAAAAUAUUAACUAUUAUAAACAGAAUUGCCUCAGUUGGAAAGCAAGAAGAAUUACUCGAUCUUGAAGAAUGGAAAGAAACUAUUAACAGCUUAAUGAUAUUAAACUAUGUUCAAUUUAGAGUUCUCAAAUACGACUACUUUACUUCUGAUUUAUUAGACAAAGAUUCCAGCAUAUCAAAAAUCUACAAUGUUAAUGUAGGUUUCCAGUGAUAUUACCUGGUGGAUAAACUAUGGAAAAACAAUGAUCUACCAAGCUCCAAUAUAGUUCUGGAAAAUGAAUAUGAGGGUAUAUUAAGGAAAUAUCUGAGGUUGGGGAAAUACUUUUUCUUCAGUUGGCGUAAAUGUAUAUCCCAGUACAUACUUAAGUGCAAAUCCGAACUUUCUAAAAUUCCUUCAUCCCAGUACAAAUAAAACCAUGAACAUGACUGAACUACAAAAUAGAGCAACUACUUUCUUCGAUCUUUAUACCUCCAAAAUUGAGAUCACCAUGCCAGAUGGCGUUCUCCAGACGAAAUAUUUUAUAAUCUUACCUGAAUUCCAAGCCCUAAUGCAAUGGGAGAAGAAUCAAUUCUGGUCUACUGCUAAUCUUAGUAAUGAGAUAACAGCGAAAGAAUCUUUUAUAGACUAUUCUCAGCAUAAGAUUAAAGAAUUAAGGUAUCAAAACAUGUUACAGUCUCGUGUUUUUAUUCCAAGAGACGUAACAAAGAAAUAUAGCUGGUUUACUGAUGCAAUAAUGUUAAUAAUUUUCAUUAUGAAUAUAUUUGUUAUUUUUACACUGGAAUCUCAACUAGAUAACAAUAAUAAAGUAGAAUACACUAUGAAAAUGAAUGGGAUAUCCGAUUCAGACAGCAAGACUAUUAUGCUAUGAACUUCAAUAAUUGUUAUCAUCAUGUUAUUUUGCCAAAUAGCGUGUCAAACUUUGAUCGUAUUAAAACCAAGCAAUGGAAAUAUGAAAAAUUGUUGGUCAUUGACUAAGCUAUAUAUGAAAAACCAAAAGAAGUUAACUGCUAGGCAAACUAGAUAUUCUAAUUCAAGAAAUAUAUGGUCUAUUACUUAUGCAUUUUAUCCACUAGUUUUAGGAAAUUUCUACCCUCCUUUGUUUUUAUUCGCUCUCGUUAGCUCUAUUGUUUUUAUCCCCUCAGUUCUCGACGCUAUAAGCGAUAUUAGCAUUCCUACGCAAAGGGUGUGGCCAAUUACCUUGUUUGGCAUUGUGAUUUUUCUUUGCCUCUCAUCGUUUGGGUAUAUGAUUUUGGUCAAAGAUUUUCUUGAAAUAACAGAAGAAACCAAAAUGGCGUAUUCCACCUUUAUCUCCAUAUUCUUUGAUCAAUGGUAUAAAGGUGGGGUUGGUAGCUUAUUGGAUGAAAAUGAUCUAUCUGCGGUCAUCAAAAAGUAUGACGAUGGAACACAAAAAUACAAUAUUGAUGUAGUUUGUAUGAUUUAUCAGUUCAUAUUUUAUUUUGCUAUCGUAAUUGUGAUGCUAGGCAUUGUUACUGCAAUUAUUAUUGACAAAUUUGGUGAAGGAAGAACAAAAAGAGAGGCAAUAGCUGAAUUUCAAUCUUCACAUUGUUUUAUUUGUGGCAAAUCGUCUCAAGAUUUUGAACAAUUCAUAAAAUUUCAAAAUUUCAAAAGAAAUGAAGACUCUGAAGAAGAUAAGGACAAAGAAACAUUUUGGGAGCACUGUACAUUUUGCCACAACAUCUGGGAUUAUUUCUUCUACAUAGGGCUCCUUGUAGCCUAUGACAAAGACUCUACAGACCCAAUAGAUGAGCAUGUAAAGGAACAACUUAGGAAAGGAGAUAUCAGCUGGAUGCCAAGUGUACACAAUACUCACAGAGAAGGAACUGGUGCAAACCCUGAGCAAGACCCAGUGGUCAAUCAAAGCAGUAACCAUAAACUAGAAGCCCUAGAGGAAAAAAUGGAUGCUCUGGGGCACAAGGUUGAUUCCUUGGCAAAGAAACUUGAAAGGCAUAAUAAAUUACACUAAUAUCUCAAUCUAAGUAUCCUAAACCCCUCUCUCUUUCCUUCCAAUCCCCAAGCUCGAAUCCAAUUAUCUCCCUUAAAUCCCCGACUUCAUCUGCCCAUAUAGGGAUACAUUCGAAGGAAAACUCAAAACUGAACGCAAAGCUAGAUU